GCCUGGACUCUGCUCCCUUCCAUGGCUGGGGACUCUGCCUGGGACCCAGUCCCUGGAGUUGGGCGAAGGCCCCCGGAGAUGGGUACGUGGCCUGCCUGAGACACACCGCGCAGCACUCGGUCUGAUGAGAACACAGCAGAAGCUCUGCACUCGGGUGCCUACUGCAAAUUUAAAGAGGACACGAAGUGCUCCAGGAACACUAGCUGUGAUCCUUGUGCUGGAGGAUGGCGGCCUGCCAGGUGAGGAAUGGCAGCCCUGCUGGGUCCAGAGGCUUGCCCAGAUGCUCACUGCAGGGCCGAGCGGAGCCCAGGGUAAGGUCGCCAAGAGCCCAGAGGAGCCCCUGAACACCGUCCAGAGCAUGGAACCCAUCACCAGCCACCUGUCCCCCUCUAAUAAGGAGACCAUCAUGGUUACUCUCCACGGGGCCACCCACCUACCCACCUGCAAGGAUGGCUCUGAGCCGUGGCCCUACGUGGUCGUGAAAACCACAUCGGAGGACACGAAGAACCAGAAUGCUAAGGCAGUCACAUCUGUGACCUCAGAGCCCACCACAGCCCCUAUCUGGGGGGACACGGUCAAAGUGGAGCUGCAAGCUGAGGACGCGGGGCAAGAAGAUGUGAUCCUCAAGGUGGUAGACAAUAAAAAGAAAGAGGAGCUGUUGUCCUACCAAAUCCCCAUCAAGUACCUACGUGUCUUCCACCCCUACCACUUUGAGCUGGUGAAGGCCGCUCAGUCCGGAAAAGCUGAGGAAGCCACUGCCAAGACCCACCUAUAUGCGACCGUCAUUCGGAAGGGCAGCUUCUUCCCCCGCUACAUCGGCAGCAACCACACAGCUCUGGAGGUCUUUCUCCGGGGAGUCAAUGAGCCCCUGGUCAACAACUGUGACCCCAUGGUGGUCAUUGCCAGGGUGGUUCCCAACUACAAUGAUUUUAAGGUCAACCAGAUAAAGCAGGACGCAGCUUCCGUGGGGCUGCCCAUCACCCGCCUCUCCUUCCCUAACCCAUCGGUGAUGCGCUUCGACGUUCCUCGGGGCAGCCAGAACGGGUGCCCUCAGCUGUCCAAGCCUGGGGGAACCCCUGAGCUGCCCUCGUGGAAUCAGUCCUUCCUCUUCCAAGGUCGAGAUGGAGCCACCAACUUCUCAGAAGACACAGCCCUGGUGCUGGAAUACUACUCCUCGACUUCCAUGAAAGGCGGUGAGCCCUGGACCCUCAGCAAGCCCCUGGGCGUCUCCGUGUUGCCACUGAAGAGACGUUUGUACCGCAAGAUGCUGGCAGGGAAAGGUCUGAAUGGGCUUCGUGUGGAGAGGCUCCCCAUCACUGACACCAAGCUGAAAACCAUAAAUGGUGAGGCCCCCACAGUGGAUAUCUCCUUCCAGCUGCUUUCCUCUGAGAAUCCGGAAAACUUCUUGACGCCAAACAACAGCCAAGUUCUUCCCAUCCUAGACCCCAAGAUCUUGGAUGAAAAGCUGGGUACCAUCCGUGAAUCCUGGUCCAAGGCCACGGUGAGCUCUACAAUGGAAUCCAGCACAUCUACCUCUCAGGAAGCAGAGGUAGAGCUUCAGUCACCCAAGAUGUCCCAUGAGAUGGAGUUAAACAACUACCGGCGGGCCAUGCAGAAGAUGGCAGAGGACAUCCUGUCCCUGCGGAAACAGACCAGCAUGCUGGAGGCCGAGAACCGCAUGCUGAGGAGCCAGCUGACCCAAGAGGAGGGGGAAGAGGAGCAGGACAACAGCAACGCCCAGAAGCUGGAUGAGGUGUCCAUGAAGCAGAAACUGGUGCUGAGUGAGCUGGACAUGAAGAAAUUGAGGGACAAAGUGCAAUAUUUGCAGAAUGAGCUGAUUCGAAAGAAUGAUCGAGAGAAGGAGCUGCUCCUCCUGCACCAGGCUCAGCAGCCACAGGCCACGCUGCUGAAACGGUACCAGGACAAGCUGCAGAAGAUGAAGGUGCUGGAGGAGACUGUGCGGCACCAGGAGAAGGUGAUCGAGAGGAUGGAGCGGGUGCUGGAGGACAAGCUGCGGGAUUGGAGGGAGCCCCUGCUAAACAGGCCUCAGGGAAAGCCUCCCAUGGCCUUCCCCGUGCUCCCAGCCUCCGGCCUUCUGCUGGGGACCGCAGGAGAGCCCCUGCCUGCUGACCUGUACUCAGCCUUGCUGGCAGAGAACUCCCGGCUGCGGGCAGAGCUGGAGAAGAACCGCCACCAGCCGGCCCCCAUCAUCCUGCAGCAGCAGGCCCUGCCGGAUCUCCUUGCCAGCACUUCGGACAAGUUCAGCCUUCUGGCCAAGCUAGAACGAGCUCAGAGCCGGAUCCUGUCCCUGGAGAGCCAGUUAGAGGACUCGGCUCGACGCUGGGGACGAGAGAAGCAGGACUUGGCCACACGGCUGCAGGAGCAGGAGUACGGCUUGGGGCACCCCUCAAACUCCAUCAUCACUGACCUGCCCAACUCCCUGGCCCACACCAAGGACCACAGACGACCCUUGAAGCUGGACCCCUUGAUGCCCAGCUCAGACACUAAGCUCAACAAGCCUUCAAAUUCCCAGAACACCUGAGUCUUGGCUGAUCUGAGUAGCUGGAGCAGGCCUCCCUCCCUGUGCGCUGGAGAGUCUG